AUCUCACUGAACGACCUCAGAAAGCACAAUACAUCGACAGACUGUUGGAUCGCUAUCCACUCUAAAGUCUGGGACAUUACCGACUUUAUCGAGGAGCACCCCGGUGGACCAGAAAUCCUUCUUGAACAUGCUGGGUCUGAUGCCACGGGACUCUAUGAUGGCGUGCAUGCCCCGGAUAUUAUUGAGGAGCUGUCGGAUGACAAGCUAAUUGGCUACCUUGAG